GAUACUGGAUUAUGAAAUAUAAACUUUAUGUUGCUUUUAUAGAACAAAAUGUUUAAAAAGGUUCGAGUCCCAGCAACGGUAUGGGACAAAUUGUGAGUUCUACGAAGUGGAGUAAAGUGGACACUAAACCAAUAUUAAAUCAUUCAGAAUGAUUUUCGAAGUGUGCAUCAUUUUAACAGCCGUAGCUCUAGCGACAUCUCUUGCACCGACAACACGAGAACCCACGUGCGUGGAUCAUGAUCUGUACUGCGGAGUUCUCUUCAACACACAGUUCUGUAAGACCCAGCUCGCCCAAAGUCAAUGUCCAAAGACCUGCCAAACGUGUUCCCAGGUUGCACCGACAACGGCGACAUCUUUUGAAACGUCUGCUGCUACAACAACAUCACUCCCCACCAGUCCAACGUCGCAAGAGAUGACAACAACAACAUCUCUAACAGACGAGUGUAUUGAUAAAGACUCGACCUGUCCCGGCUUCAAAAACACGUCAUACUGUGAAACAAACCCACUGGUCAGCAAGAUGUGUCCCCUGACGUGUGGAGUCUGCACGAACGAUUGUGUGGACCUGGAUCCCGACUGUUCGGUGCUGUUGGAGAGUCACUUCUGUAACGAGGAUCUGGCUAAGAAACUGUGUGCUUUCACCUGCCAUGUCUGUGCACCCACGGCAACAACGGUCACCAAUGAAACUCCUACAGCUACUUACACGAGUUCAACAGGACCCCCGUGCGUAGACCUCGACCCCAAAUGUGCAGACCUACACAAUAAGACCCACGAAUGCGAUGAAUUUAGCCUUGUGCGAAAACUGUGUCCAGAAACGUGCGAUUUGUGCUUACAAGGACAUUCCACCACUACGAUCAGCCAACCAGCAUCGCCGUCGACAACUGUCACAUCUCCUCCUUACCUGGGACCUCUUUCGUGUCGGACGUGCGAGGACCCGUUCUGUGAGAUGGGGGUGGAGGCGGACCACACCUGCCCCGAGCACGCCCCCUUCUGUAUGAACAUCGUGGGCCAGGACCGCCACAACAUCCCGACACUCGCUAAGCGCUGCGCGGACAAAAGCCAGUGUGACGAGCGCUGGUUGAACGGAAGCGCUCUCAAGACAGAAUGUCUGAAUCUGAAUUUGAACUCACCCCCGGAAAUGUCCUUCGAAUGCACCUACUGCUGUAUUACACAAGAGUGUAAUGUACCCGCCAUACCUAGAUCGGAAACUUUGUACAGGGGACUUUCAAAUACAUGACGACCAUAUUGAUAGACGCGAAAUUAAAAACUGUUAUGCGUUAUACUGAUGUACGUAAGUGGGAGCAUAUACUGCGUUAUACUGAUGUUCGUAAGUGGGAGCAAGUGGAUCAUACUGCUGACAUUAGGCGAAAAUAAGCCAGAUUAUCGAAAUUUAUGAGUUUAAAACACCCGUGAUUGGUCCCCAAUCUUCUCUUCCGCGUUUGUUUGCGAUGUGUUUGCUAGAGGUUAUCUCGUGACCCUAUUUAUCAGGAGUACAAAGACCUGUUGUUGUUCUGUGUGGUAGUUGUCUGCUGCAUCUCUGUAUUAGUUUAACUAUCUGUCGAGCAUGGGUCAGCAACUCUCUACAGUGGACGACAGAGGCGACAGGUACAGCAGCCCGCCAGGAAUGAUCCGCCAUUUCUGCGGUAAAUCGUACAUCCACCCUCACGGCGGAUCCUCCAACCCGAGCGACAACACGAAACUCAUCGUUCACGGCGGCUUUCACGCUAACAUGCAGUUUCGUUUUGUUCAAGUUCAAGGCCACUGGGGGUUCAUCGAACACGUCCCCAGUGGUAAAUUCUUCCACCCUCAAGGCGGGAGAAGAAACCCUGAGAAGGGCACCAACCUAAUUCUGCACGGUGGUUACCACGGAGGGUGUCUGUUUACGUACAACGAGGACCACAACGUCAUCCAGCACAGAGGCGGACUGUACAUCCAUCCGCAAGGUGGCAGCACCAACCCGGACGACAACGUGUCGCUGGUUCUCGACUGCGACGUCCAUGAUGGGAUGAGAUGGUUUCCGGUCAGCGCAGACGACAUUCCCGCUGAAGUGUAUUCCACACCAGAUGUGACGGGCCGCUGGAUUCCCGUGAAAACCACAAACAGUGAAAAGGAAGACCAGACGAUGACGUCAAGACUUAAGAUAAGUGUCGGGAAGAAGAAGACCAUGUGCAACACGUUCAGACACGACUGGAUGAUUUCGUCAGUUGCCGCAAAACGCAUUUCUGGUUCUAUUGUCAAAAACAACGACACGUAUGGAAAAGUGUUGGAAAGAACAAUGCAAAGUUCAUUCGAUGAUGCUUUCGUAGUGUGCCACGAAUCCGGAAAUGACGUAAUAAUAUGGCAAUGGGUAUGGAGCGUGAGUCAGUGGGGAGAUGGGUGGGAUUUCAAGACAAACGUUAUUACACACACGGACAAUACAAGUGGUACCCCGUCAGUCAACCCUUUACCCGUGCUGUUAUCUCUUUAAUAUAACAAUGGCUGAGCAUAGUCAACAUACUGAACAUUUGGUAUGGUAAUGUGUGUUAUACUGCAAGACAAUAAUUCAAAUCUGCAAAUAUUAUUUUGUUAUAAGUGCUUGGCCUUGGAUUGGUCUAAAUGAUACAAUGGGACAUACAAACCGACGUUCACAACUGCAUAAACCUCAGUUUUGCACUACUUUCAACAAAGCUUAGAAAUCAAAUAGGAUUGUUCUUUAUUUGAAAUAUAUAACUGUUUACAUAAUUUGUUAAUGUGGAAUCAGUAAAACCAAUGUUAUUAUUUAACAUUGUUUGUAUUAACAUAUCUUUAAAAUACGAGAACUACAGACUUGGGAUUCCCUUUAUAAUUAUAUAAAUUUAGUAAUAAUAUAUAAUAAAUUAAUUCACUAAGA